AUGCAUAGAUUAGGCGUAAAUGGGAAAAUGUUACGAAUUGUGCGAGCAGUGUAUGAGCAUGUGAGAUUUCGUACACGACAUUGUAGCACUUACUCCGAUUUUAUGGAUGUUGAUGAUGGUUUAGAACAAUGUGAAAUUUGUUCUCCCUUCCCUAAGAACGUGCCGACACCGUGUGGGAAUCUUACUGAAAGCUACGAAAUUUCAGAUGGACGUUACGGCGAUUUGGACAAUUAUGAGGAGACCAUCCGCGACUUGACCAAUAGACUCAAGGAUGCGGAGUAUCGUGCUACUGAGGCUGAACGUGUUGUCAGCAAGCUGCAGAAGGAAGUUAACAGAUUAGAAGAUGAAUUACUUGCUGAAAAGGAGAAGUUCAAGGCAAUCAGUGACGAAUUGGUUAAAACACUUCAUGAGGUAGCUGGCAAAAUGAAUAAUCUUGUGAUCUGCAUCGUGGUACUUUCAGCUAUUGUUGGUUAUGCAUCGGCAGACCAGUUUUGCUGCAACUCUUUCGCAAUAUGCGUAGACGGCCAGUACUCUAUAUUUGACUGUUCAGGAAAUAUGACGUAUAACAAGGAAACUGGAAUUUGUGAUGACCCUAAGAACGUGCCGCCUCCGUGUGGAAGUCUUAUUGACUACACCGAAUCUCCAGAUGGACUUAACGACAUUUUGGGCAGUUUUGAGGCGACCAUCCAUGAAUGUACACAGAGACUCAAGAUUGCAGAGGAUCGGGUUUCUAAUGCUGAACGUGUUAUUAUCAAGCUGCAGAAGGAAGUUGACAGAUUAGCAGAUGAAUUACUUGCUGAAAAGCUGAAGUACAGUGAUGAACUGGAACAAAUGAUUUCUGAGUUAGCUUAAAACACCAACUUCCGUCAGACAACAAAUUAACACUUUAUUUACAUUUCUACAACGCCCUGUUUCGCUGUUACUGAAGAUGGAAAACGAUGCAAAAUGUAACUUUCGGACAGUAGUUGGAGUGAUUUUUACCAAUGAAGGAUUCAUGUAUACAAAUUUAUGUCUAUAACCUAUAUAUGCAACCAGUAUUCCGCUAAAAAUCGUACCAAGCAUGUGACAAUAUAAUGCAGGUGAUCGUUUGUUGCUCCAUUUACCAUUGAUAACAUGGCCAACACAAAACCUAUCUAUUUUCCUGUCUCAGUUGUUCUUUGAAUGUGAAAUCGCUCUUUUAGUAAGGGCGAUAUAUUUUGCGUAGGUUCCCCACUUGCUUUAUAUAUCUUGUUUGCCCAUUUUACUGAGUAAUGUCUGAACAUACAUUGUAUUUAUAAAUUUAGUUCUUAGUAAUCUUUCAACUCUAUACCAUUUAUCUUGUUCCCCAUCUUGCACUUGUCUGUUAGUUUGAAUAUUUUCAUUAUUCUGUGAAUUUUUUUUGUCCGGUGCAUUUAAAUUCUCUUGUUGUCUAAUAGUGAUUUAUUGCUUGCUAUCCGUCCUAUCAAUUGGUCUAUCAUUUAUACUAUAAUCGGAAUUGUCUUUAUAUAGAGUUAUAGCCUGUUUGCAUGUACGAAGCACAUAAGUUGUUUAUUCGUCUUAUGAUUUCUUAAUUGAUAUGAAUUAGAACUUACUUUGUAAAGUAGCAAGGACCUGCAAAUUUAGGAUAUAGCUGUCUUGAAACUCAUUGAGGUAUUUUCUCAAUUUUCAACAUAACAUGAUCCCUUAUUUUGAAUAUGGAUUAUUUCGUUUUCACAUUAUAUUUCUUUUUAUCUUUUAUUGAGAUUGUUCUAUAUUCUUUUGUGCAUUUCUCUGGUUAUUUUUAAACUUUCUGUCAUAUUUUCAACAAAUGUCUUAGCAUCGCAUGUGACCAUUACUUCUGUUUCUAACAUCCUAUCUAUAUCUAAUUCCAUUUUCUUUAUCUGGAUCGGGAAACCAAUAAUGCCUGGCUUGAUUUUAAUGCCUGUUUUAAUAUAUUGAAUGGCUUAUCACAUUCUUCAGUCCUUUCAAUCUUAUUAUUCGAUUGUUUGUUUGUUUUUCUUAAUAACUGAUAUUAUGGAUAUGCUACCUUAGAAUAAACUUGCAUAUAUCGUUUAUAGAAGUUUAGUUAUACUAAGAAUUGUCGAACAUUUUAUAGUGUUUUGGAACUGGAAGUCCGUCUAUGUGUUUAAUAUGUUGCUGCAGUUAUCUCUUUCUUUGUAAUAUGACGACCUAAAACUGUUACGUGUUAAGCAACAAAACUACAUUUUUCUGGAGCUAAUUUUAAAUUGACAUUUCUUAAUCCAUCGAAAACCAUUUGUAGAUGUUUUAAGAACUCAACGAUAGUGUUGUAAUAGACAA